GCCCAAUACGCUCAACAAUUUGCUCUCCCCCCGCCGUCAUGAACCCGCCGCCGCCGCCGCCCGCCGGCAUUCAAAUUCCAUCGCACUCCUCAAUGCGACCACCACCGCCGUCUCCGCCGCAGCGUCCACCUUCUCUUCCGACUGUCUUAUCCGAACUAAGCUCCCUUCUUCAACUCUCCGAAGGCGCUCUCCGCUCUCUCCCGAUCCCUACGGCGAUCACCUCUUCCGCCGCACUUCUUCCCUGCCCUGUAAACCCUAACCACCGUCUUCUUCCUUCUUCUUUGUUCUCGCACUACCUCAAAUGUCCUACUCCGAUCUCCCUUUCCCACAAUUUUCAUUAUCCCUCCACUCUCAACUCCGCCGCUGUUUCUCCGCCUGCUUAUGCCUCUUCCUCCGAUGAUGUAGUCAUCUCUCUGGAAAGCUAUAUGGGGUUCAAAUCUCCCGCUAACAGCUUCUUUUAUCAAAACUGUCCAGGUCCUGUAACACCUACUGAACCGCCUCCAUCGCUUACCAUACCUAAGGAUUUGUAUAUGGAAUGCGCCGAGUUCGAUAAGGAUACUACUUCGAAAAAUAUUUUGGAUUAUUCAGUGGAUUAUAUUAGGUUUCUUCCAUCAGAAAUUUGGGCCAUUCGAAGUGAGAUUGAAGCGUGGGGCGGUGGCUUACCUGCUGCGUUUUCUUGUAGGAUUUUGCGUGCGAUUCUGAGGUUAAGAGAUUGUAAAUUGUUGCAUCUGAAUGAGUGGAUUGUUUCGAAUUCCCCUAAGUAUGGUGUUAUUGUUGAUUUUGCCUUGAGUCAUCAUAUGGUUUUGUUGAUUAGGUUGUGUUUGAAGGUGGUUGUUAAGGAUGCCUUUAAGUUGGCGGGUAUAAUAUUGGAAAAUGGGGAUUUGAAUGCGGAUGAGAAUGCUCUUGAGACAUUUCGAAGGUUUGAGUGCCCUGUUUUGGUGAAAAUGAUGAUGUGGUUGUCACUGCAAUUUAGGAUAUUGUAUGGUGAUGGUAAUGGAAAAAAAUUCACAGUCGAAGUAUUAAAGAAAUGUAUAUUAAAGGCGGCUUUGGAUGCUUCAUUGUUUUCCUUGGAGCAAAAUUGUGCUGAGCUAGAGAAAGUUAAUCGUAUGCAGGAGCCCAUGGAAAGUAUUGAAUACACUGAUUAUUCCAAGAGUGAUCCGAGGGGGAUUAUGAAUAUUGAAACUGUUGGAAAAAUUGUAAUCUUUAUCUCCCAGGUGGCAGCAGCUGUGACAUCUUUCCAUGAGCGAUCAUUGAUUGAGGAGAAAAUUAAGGCUUUACGAAAUUCAUGUCCAUUGCCAGCUUACCAACGCAAUAUGGAUCAUGAGUAUGUGUCAAAGAUAGCUAAUGAGGAGCGACAGAAUCGUCUGGAUUACAGACCUGUAAUUGAGCAUGAUAGUUUUCUUUGGCAGAGGUCAAAUAAUCAGGACACAAAUAGAGUGAAGAGCAGGGAGGAAUUACUAGCCGAGGAGAGAGACUACAAGCGCCGGAGGAUGUCAUAUCGUGGAAAGAAAGUGAAACGUAAUCCUGUAGAGGUAAUGAGGGAUAUUAUAAAGGAAUAUACAGAUGAAAUCAAGCAAGCUGAAGGUAUUGCUGACAUAUCAAAAACUGAGGAGGUGACUGAAUCAAUGGCAUCUGAUGACUUGAAUGCACAAGCAAAUGCUACUGGUGUUUCUGGAUCAAGAGGAAAAUCUAAGAUACCUGAAACAAACAGGGGCAAAUCACUUGAUUACUGGAGCGAGCACAGUUAUCAUCAUUAUUCGGAGGGCCUGAAUGAUGAAAUCAAGGAGCCAAGACAGGAUUUGAGUUCAGAUUAUUUGCAUAAAGAUCUCAACACAAAAAGCAAGAUAAAAGAAUAUGGUGAAGGUGAUUAUUUUGGUGGUCAAGAUGACAAAACAAAUAACAAUUAUUUUAGAGAGCGGGUGCAUGGUAGAAACAAGCAGGGGUACACAGAGGCCAGAGAAAGUUCUCCCCAAAGAUCAACCCAAAAAAGAAGCAAAUCACGUGAGGGCAACCAUCACAAACACAGAGAUGAACGUGAGCGAUAUUAUCAUAAAAGUGAAAGAGAAGAUCAUGCCCGAAGUUCUCAUAAAAGAGAGAGCUGGAAAGAUAAUAGAAAGCAUGGGGAAAGAAGGAGAAGAGAUGCAGAUGCUGCUCGUCAGGACAGACAUGAACACAGUGAGGGAUAUGAUGAUAGAAAGAGAAGUAAAACAGUCGGGAGUAGAAGUUCUCAUCCUGGCCUCCAUGAGUUUGAUGAUCGAUACAAUCCUUCAGAGUCACAUGGUUUUUAUGGCGAUGACUUCUGAACUUCACAGUGGUUUUUGGUGACUGGGAGUAGAUGAUGGUAUCAACUUAGACAUAUUAGCUAUUCCGUUACAACUGUCAGCUUGAAAAUAUAUGCAGCUGGUGCAAGCAGUCAUGCAGGUGUUUGAAAUUUAUCCACAACUGUAUCCUCUUCUGUAUCCUUCAUGAGUUUUAGCGUUUCUUAUUGAUUCCUGUGUUUAUUUUCUGUGUCCAUCUGUUUCAAUACAGAAGUAAACUAUAUAGUUUCAACAGGGAAAAAACAAAUUAAUUGUUUGCAUGGUCUUUUUCAUCUCAUUUAUGUUUCGCCGUCGUUUUCUCCUCUAUUUUCCUUUUU